GUAGCUGGAGGCUAACUGGUAGCUAGAGGCUAACUGGUAGCCCUCGUCGUUAGCCCCCCUGCAGGUUUGGGUCGACCCGGACCGGCGUACAUCUACACGACAGAUCCAAGCGAAUACCUUCCGACCCGCGGCACGGUGGUAUGGCCGAAAGACCAGAGGACCUCAACCUCCCCAACGCGGUCAUCACCCGGAUCAUAAAGGAGGCGCUUCCCGAUGGGGUGAACGUGUCGAAGGAGGCGAGGAGAGCGAUAUCACAGGCUGCCAGUGUCUUUGUGCUGUACGCAACCUCCUGCGCAAACAACUUCGCCAUGAAGGCCAAGAGGAAAACUCUGAACGCAGGAGACGUCUUGGCUGCCAUGGAGGAAAUGGAGUUUGAGCGAUUCUUGGAACCCCUAAAAGAGGCGUUGGAGGUUUACAAGAAGGAGCAGAGGGGGAAGAAGGAGGUCUCUGAGCAGAAACGUAAAGAAAAGGAGAAGAAGAGCAGGGAGGAUGAAGACGAGGAAGAAGAGCGCAUGGAGGACGACCCCGAAGGGGAGAACGAAGCAGAGGAAGAAGAGGUGGAGAAUUAGGGCGUGGCUGGAGGGACGUGCAGCGCUGUCACUUCCUGUGAGGUCAUCACUUGGAGCCCUGCUGCUUGCUUCUCAAGUUGGUGGAGUUUGCUGUCGGUUAAAUGGAGCACGCUCACUCACACGAUGCAGCUUAGAUGAUCUCGACUCCAUCUCAGCAGUUUGUGUCGAUUCAGGACCGUCGGAACUUGAAGUUCAGACUCCCUCCAAACACCAGAGUGCUAAAGUAAAAUGAAAGCCCAUUGCACUGAAAUGACCGCGUGCACAUCUCUGGCUCUUCAAAUCUUUGUAUUUUUUAUCUUUUGAUAAGUUUUGUAAUCCAGUUGGAUUUAGGUAUAUAUUAUACACCACAUUUGAUGUGUAGAUUGAAUGUGCUCAGUGUUUUUCCUCUGAGGUCAGGUUUCUUACGGAGUACCAGGCAUUAUUCACAUCCUUUGCGUUUGGUGCUAAAGCCAACAGCACUCUGGACCAACACCAGCGUCAGGAAACUGACUCGCUCACACUCCUGUAGCCUCUAAAGGUGCAGAGUACAUAGGCUGUACUAUCAGUACCCAGCUUGCCCGUGUUCAUAUAGGGUGAUGUUCAGUCCUGCAAAAUAGUUGUUGGAUCCUGUUUCCUUUGACAUGCGAUGUUGACUAGUUUUGGGCCAGGUAGCAUCUGAAAUCCACAUCCCUCAAAAUGAAGUAGAGUCUAAGUGACAUGCUACUAUAAGCUCUGCUGUUAUUGGACAGAUGCAGAUGGUCGACAUUCUUAGGCUGUUCUGUUCUGACAUUUUCUUGACCAUUUAUACUUUUAUAGAGUUGUAUGACAGACUGGGAUUUUCAAUAAAGGUU